GUGACGCGCAGCUGAAUUAAACCGGAUGAACUAAAUUUAUAUCAGAAAGACGUUAGGCAGUUUACAUUUGACCAUUCCUACUGGUCACACGAUGGUUUCAAAACUGAGUCAAAUGGUGUACUAGUACCUAGCGGAAAAGACUCAAUAUACGUUGGCCAGCAGCACGUAUUCAAUGAUUUAGGUCGUGGAUUACUAGCAAAUGCAUUCAAUGGAUAUUCGUGUUCGUUAUUUGCUUAUGGACAAACGGGUUCUGGAAAGUCAUACUCAAUGAUUGGCUAUGGACCGAACAGAGGUAUUGUGCCAAUUAUAUGUGAAGAGUUAUUCAAAACAAUCAGCAAAAACACAGAUCCAGCCAAGAAGUUUCAGGUUACUUUGUCUAUGAUGGAAAUAUACAAUGAACAGAUUCGCGACCUGUUAACAAGAGAUAAAUCAACACAAACAAACUUACAAAUAAGGCAAUCACCAGUUCAAGGGUUCUACGUUCAAGGUUUAACACAAAUACCCGUUGGAUCCUACAAUGAAAUCGAACAAAGAAUGAAUCAGGGCACUGCACGUAGGACUGUGGCAGCAACGAAUAUGAAUGAAACAAGCAGCAGAGCACACACCGUAAUAACUAUAACAUUUGAUCAAUUCAUUGGAGCAGAACAAGCUAACAUAUCACGGAAACGAUCAAUAAUCAAUUUAGUUGAUCUAGCAGGUUCUGAACGAGCUGAGGCUACUGGUGCAACUGGCGAUCGCUUAAAAGAAGGCGCAAAAAUUAAUCGUUCAUUGUCAGCCUUGGGUAAUGUAAUAUCCGCACUGGCAGAAAAUAAGAAAGUUAUUCCAUAUCGUGAUUCAAUACUUACGAAACUCUUGCAAAAUGCAUUAGGCGGUAACAGUAAAACAGUCAUGAUAGCAGCCAUAUCACCAGCUGAUAUUAAUUAUGAAGAAACAUUAUCAACAUUACGUUAUGCUGACAGAGCGAAACAAAUUAAAAACAAAGCCUUGAUCAAUGAAGACCCUAUGGAAUCACUAAUUCGUCAACUGAAAGCGGAGAAUGAACGUUUGAAACAGGCACUGAAUUCUGUGGAAUUACCUGCAUCAGUUAUUGUAAAAGACCUUACACAAAAAGAGAUUGAAAAUCUCAAAGAAAAAAUGAGAAAAGAAAUGACUGAACAAAUGGAAGCUAAUUUAGCUGCAAUUGAAGCUCAGAAUCAAGCUGCAUUUGAAGAGAAACUACGACAAGCUCAACUAGAAAUACUCCAGCAAACAUCGGCAGCUGAGAAAAAAUCAGGAGAUUCUCGCCAAGCAUUAAAGAAUAAACCAUAUUUGUCAAAUCUGAAUGAAGAUCCCCAACUGUCUGGUGUCAUAAUUCAUAUUCUUUCUCAUAAACAGACUGCAAUAGGACGUGAGCCACCCCAGGUGAAUGACAAAUCAUCGAAAAUUCAUUGGAUACAGAUGAAAGGUUUAUGUAUGGCUGAUGAACAUGCAUUACUAAUAAGACAUGGAAGAACUGGUGCAGAGGUUGAACUACGUACUUUACCAAAUGCCAGCAGGAUGACAAAAGUAAAUGGUGUUGCUAUAAAGAAUUCUGUUACACUUCAACAUAAGGAUCGAAUAUUAUUUGGUUCUCAUCAGCUAUAUGUAUUCUAUAACCCUCUAUCGAAAGAAUUUGCAGAAGAAUUAAAAUCUGGUAAAGAGCAAGAGAUUAUUGAUUGGGAAUUUGCACAGAGUGAGCUAGCGCAGGCUACAGGUUUCGAACAGCUUGGGAAUAAACCGAGAAAGAAAGAGGAUGCAAUAUUACAAAAUGAGUUGCUUGAACUAUUACCCCUGAUAAACGAGGCAAAUGCAAUCGCUGAUGAACUGAAUAAGCAGAGAACAUUUGAAGUUAUUCUACUGCCACCAACUGCACAAUCUUUGAAAUUUGGUGAACUGAAGCGUACAAAAGUGAUGGUUCGGAUGAAGUGCGCAAAGACAGGCUAUAUGUGGUUGUGGGAAAGAGGAAAGUUUAUGACACGACGAUUUUUAAUGCAGGAGAUGUAUCAAAAAUACUUGAACAAAGAAAUGGACGAUUACUCUGAAGAAGAAGAUCCAUUCUGGGAGCCUUUGGAAGAUUUAUUCAUUGGAAUAGCUCCAGCAUUUCUUCGUGCAUUGGCUUAUCAUCUUGAUAUAGAUGAGCAGCUAAAGAUUAUGGAUUUUGUUGGUGAUGAAUUAGGAACUGUUAAUGCAAAAUUAAUUCCGUGUUCAUCAUCCAACAUAAAGUCGGGAAUAUCUUCGGCAGCUGUUGAUAAUGAUGAAGUCAGAUUUAUAGAGGAUCCUAGAGAAUUAAUUGGUAAACCAUUCCACUUCAAGAUCAUGUUACAUUCAUUGAAUUUAUAUAACGCAGACCCAGCGAAACGGAAUUUCACAGUAUACUAUCGUGUCUUUAAGGAAUCUGAGUUGACAGCAGCUUCGAUGGGAAUGAAGAAGACACACACACGUAUAUGCUCAAUUGAUAAAAUUACACAUGAGCACUUGGAUUAUUUUAAUACGGACUUCAUAUGUUUCAUGGUGUACUGUUCACAAGUUAAGAAACAGUCGAAAACUAGUUUUGAUACUUCCUAUACCAAUUCAGCAUCUACAAGACGAUACUCGCGACUAUCUGUCGAAGAACUGAGUGAUAUCAGUAAAUUAAAAACAGACCUUACUGUAUUACAAAGGGGAUUGGAUUCAUUUAUAAAAAAGGACAAAAGAUUAGCUGUAAUAUAUAAAUCUUGGGUGGAUAAGUCUCCAUCCGACAAGAACUUCAAGCUGUUGCUACACGAUAUACAUGAAUUGGUGCAUAUGAAAACUCCAGUUAUUAACCCUUUGAUCUCAUCUGCAAAGAAAACUAUUUAAUUCUCGAAAAUCGAAGAUUUGUUUUCCUCCUGAAAAACUACACUCGAGCUAUUCAUU